CUUGUAAACAAGGGCAAUGUGCUAUUUCGACAGGGUCAUUUCGAUCGGGCCAUCGACAGCUUUCGUGAGGCUCUUCAGGCUGAUGCCUCGUGUGUCGAAGCGAUUUACAACCUCGGCCUUACCUAUAAACACUUGGGCCGUUCCGAGGAGGCAUUAGACGCCUUCUUCAAGCUGCAUGCAGUAUUGCGAAACAGCGCUCCAUUGCAUGGCCUGGUGCCCUCUGAUCCAUUUUUACUGCAACGGAUUGGUGAUGCCUUUGAACGAGAAGGUGACAAAUCUCAGUCUUUUUCAUACUAUUACGACCCUAAUAUGCUCUCCAUGGGGCUGGAUACUGAGUUUGGAUUGUGA